CCGUCAGCUGACUUCCAGGCUGAAGGAGGGCCAGAAGGAGGGAGGGAGUCAUCCUGAGGUAAAAGAACUCGGAUGUUCCCGCUAAUCCUUUAGCGGCUCCCCAAAAACAGGACGGAAAUCGGGUUGUUCCGCGUUGUUUACUCCAGCGGAUCUUACUGAGGAGCGAGAGUUCGCCAUGGCAUGUGAGGCGUGAGGAGCAGCCACCAUGAUUGGAGGACUGUUCAUCUACAACCACAAGGGGGAGGUACUGAUCUCCCGCGUCUACCGCGAUGACAUAGGGAGGAAUGCGGUGGACGCGUUCCGCGUGAACGUGAUCCACGCCCGGCAGCAGGUGCGCUCGCCCGUCACCAACAUUGCACGCACCAGCUUCUUCCAUGUCAAGCGCUCCAACAUCUGGCUGGCGGCCGUCACCAAGCAGAACGUCAACGCCGCCAUGGUGUUCGAGUUCCUCUACAAGAUGUGUGACGUGAUGGCGGCCUACUUUGGCAAGAUCAGUGAGGAGAACAUCAAGAACAACUUCGUCCUCAUCUACGAGCUCCUGGACGAGAUUCUGGAUUUUGGAUAUCCUCAGAACUCGGAGACCGGAGCACUGAAGACAUUUAUUACGCAGCAGGGCAUUAAGGGUCAGCAUCACACGAAGGAGGAGCAGUCUCAGAUCACCAGCCAGGUGACGGGGCAGAUCGGCUGGCGUCGAGAGGGCAUUAAAUACCGCCGUAACGAGCUCUUCCUGGAUGUGCUGGAGAGUGUCAACCUGCUCAUGUCCCCGCAGGGUCAGGUGCUGAGCGCGCACGUCUCAGGCCGAGUGGUGAUGAAGAGCUACCUGAGCGGCAUGCCUGAGUGCAAGUUCGGCAUGAACGACAAGAUCGUCAUCGACAAGCAGGGGAAAGCUGGAGCCAAUGACGAGACCGGGAAGAGCAGCGGGAAACAGUCCAUCGCCAUUGACGACUGCACCUUCCACCAGUGUGUGCGUCUCAGUAAGUUCGACUCUGAGCGCAGCAUCAGCUUCAUCCCUCCAGACGGAGAGUACGAGCUCAUGAGGUACCGCACCACCAAGGACAUCAUCCUGCCGUUCCGGGUCAUUCCACUGGUCCGAGAGGUCGGACGCACCAAACUGGAGGUGAAAGUCGUCAUCAAGUCCAACUUCAAACCCUCCUUACUGGCACAGAAGAUUGAGGUGCGUAUCCCCACCCCUCUGAACACGAGCGGCGUGCAGGUGAUCUGCAUGAAGGGCAAAGCCAAGUACAAGGCCAGUGAGAACGCCAUCGUGUGGAAGAUUAAACGCAUGGCCGGAAUGAAGGAGUCUCAGAUCAGUGCUGAGAUCGAGCUGCUGCCCACCAACGAUAAGAAGAAGUGGGCUCGUCCUCCCAUUUCAAUGAACUUUGAGGUCCCGUUCGCACCGUCCGGUCUGAAGGUCCGCUACCUGAAGGUGUUCGAGUCCAAGCUGAACUACAGCGACCACGAUGUCAUCAAAUGGGUCCGCUACAUCGGCCGCAGCGGUAUCUACGAGACCCGCUGCUGAGAGCGUGACCACACCUCCCCUCUGAGAUAGGUGGACGAGUUAAAACAAAACCAGUAGAGAAUUAUGCAAACGUGAGCCGUGUUCUGUGUGUAUGAAGAGUUAGAACAGAGCAGAGAGAGAGAAUGUUACAUCAGGAUUUGUUCCAAAUGUUAGUUAAUGUCCACUCUAACAGAUCAGAGAAGAAAAUGUCUUACUGAUGAAGUGUCAGGGACACGACCACCACUGACCUUCUCUACAACACUCCGUUACUUUGUGAUGCAGUGCUCUGAGGGUCCAUGUGAUGUGCUCUCUCUCUCUCUCUGAUCUGGCCAUCUGUAUCAGUAAAAAAUCUAUAUAAAUAUAAUUAAAAAAAACGAAAAUUCUAAUGUUGCUGUGGUGUUGUGUGUGUGUGAUCAGAAUGUACCCCGAUCAGCCAUAACAUUAUGACCAGUGAGAGGUGAAGUGAAUAAGACUGAGUAUCUCCUCAUCAUGGCACCUGUUAGUGGGUGGGAUAUAUUAGGCAGCAAGUCAACAUUUUGUCCUCAAAGUUGAUGUUAAAAGCAGGAAAAAUGGACAAGCGUAAGGAUUUGAGGGCCAAAUUGUGAUGUCUAGACCACUGGAUCAGAGCAUCUCCAAAACUGCAGCUCUUGUGGGGUGUUCCCGGCCUGCAGUGGUCAGUAUCUAUCAAAAGUGGUCCAAGGAAGGAACAGUGGUGAACCGGAGACAGGGUCAUGGGCGGCCAAGGCUCAUUGAUGGACGUGGGGAGUGAAGGCUGACCCGUGUGAUCCGAUCCAACAGACGAGCUACUGUUGAUCAAACUGCUGAAGAAGUUAAUGCUGGUUCUGAUAGAAAGGGGUCAGAAUACACAGUGCAGGACGGGUCAGGGCACCAACACAAUAUUAGACAGGUGGUCAUAAUAUUAUGCCUGAUCGGUGUAUAAACAGGCUUCCAUUUGGUACAGAAGACACCUGCUGAACGAGAACUUCAUACGGAGAUAUGUUCACGUUACACUGAUUUAAUAAUCUUCCAGGAAAACCCGAGCAGACAUCAGGCAGAAACGGGAAAGAAAGAAAAAUCUUGUGCAAGUGAGAGAGAAAUAAAUGAGUGUCAUUACAGCAGCUGUACAGAAUCCUACAUUUACACACUCAGAUCAUCAUCAGAGCUCAGACAGUGCAUUCUAACCUGCUGAGGUCAUGUUUCUUCUAGUGAACAGGAUCAUGGGAUUUGCUCUGAUGUUCCUGAAACACUUUCAUUCAGGAAUUUACGACAAAAAAUGAAAGACGGGACAUAAAAGACUGAAUGAAGACAUGAUCAGACGUUCAUCCCGUGCACUCUAAAUGCAGUCGAAGGCUAAUGUGGCUAAACGUUCUGCUAGCUACAGCUAUCUUUCCAUGAGUGCACUUCAGCACCUCCUCCUAGCGCAGUCUAGCUUAGUGUUGUUGUUGUUGUUACUGCUAUAGACUUUACCAAAAAUAUGUGUAUAUAUAUAUAUAUAUAAAUAAAA